AUGUCUGUUCCAUACACUGCCAUUGUUCGUUUCCCCUAUGAACCGGAUCAAGAGAAUGCAGCCGAUGAUUUACCGCUAGCAAUGGACGAAAAGAUCACUGUUACAGAGAUUGUUGAUGACGACUGGUUGUUUGGUUCUAACAUGGAAGGUACAAGGUCAGGGUACUUUCCAAGAACUUUUGUGGAAAAACUAGAAGCCCCAGUUGAGGAAGAGAAAAGCAACUAUGAAGUUUCGAAGGAACCCCCAACUGAACAAGAAUCAACGGAGUCUUUAAACGGUGCUGAAACACAGGAGGAAGUAAGGCAAAACACUUCUGAGCCAAGCGAGAGGUUGAGAGAAAUUGAGGCAAACAUUGUUCAUGAACCAGAGAACUUUAAGAACAAGCUGCAAACCUUCAAUACAGCUACCGUUCCGGUGAUCCCGUCUCAAAAAUUGCAUGAUGAUUAUGCUGUGAAGAAACAAUUUCCUGUAACCGAACACCACUCUUCGUAUAUUCCACCGUCUUUUGGUGAUUCUAAGCCAAUUAAGAAGGAUGAAAAAAUUCCCGAUGUUGUAUCGGGGGAAGUUGUCAAAUCUUCAUCUGUGACAGAAGCGAUUGAAGAGCCAAGAAUGACAUUGAAAGAACGUUUGCAACUACUUCAGAAGCAACAGGAAGAAGAGCGGAAGGCAUUAGAGGCAGCACUGAAAAGGAAGGAGGAAAAGAAAAGAGCUAGGCAUAAUGUUGAGCCUUCACCAGCAGAAGUACACAGUGAGGCUGAGGAAGUAGAUGUAGGCGCUGCUCAUGACGAGAAUGAAGAUGGGGUAUCUUUACGUACCACUAAAUCACCGGAUAGACGCUCCUCUAUAAUGACUGCAAAGGAAGGUGAAGUAUUACAAGACCAGGGAAACGCUUUGGAUGAGACAGAAGAAGGAGAUUCAAAUGAGAGCGAAGAAGAUGACCUUGAAGAUACAGAAGAAGAAGAUGAGGAAGAAUUACGGAAACGAAGAUUAGCAGAGCGGAUGGCAAAGUUGUCAGGUGGUAUGGGUAUGAUGGGUAUGAUGGGCAUGCCUAUGAUGCCACCUUCAGCAAAGGCAAAGAAAUCUUCUCAACAUAAAAAGGAGAAGGCGAUAGUUUCCGAGGAAGAAGUUCCGGCUCCUGUUCCGAUUCUUCCAGUUGUUCCUGGCGGUGCACCUCCGAUUAUGGGAAUGCCUAUGCCUAAUUCUCAAACGGAGAGCCACGCUCCAAAAUCAGAUACUUCAGAGGAAAAUCAUGAAGAGAAUAUGCAUACCAAUGAUAUUUUGUCAUCACCUACAGAGUCUGCAGAACAAGAGGAUAAACCUUUGCGUGAAAAAAUAGAGCUAACUAAGAGCAGAAUUGGUUCCAUCAAAAGCUCCAAGACGAAUGGUAGUGUUACCGCAGGGUCUUCGGACGAUAAUGGAAGCGAAUUUGAAGAUACUGUAGAACACAGAGAUCAACCUCCAGCACCACCUGCAACUGUCCAUCCUUAUAGACCAAGUUUUGUAUCGGCUAGUCCAAGUCCGGUUAUUUCAAAUAGUUUACCCGAAAAGAGAGAGGUUUUGCCUACCACUUCAACAAAAGAUGCACCACCUCCUGUACCAAGUUCUCCUCCACCGAUUUCACAACAUGGCCAGGAAGAGUUGGAAACUGGUGCAACUACCGUACCACACAUUCCUGUGCCAAGUGUUCCAGUUACACAUGCGCCUCCUGUUCCAAUUUCUGCAAUUGCUACCGCAACACCAACAGCCGUGCCUGUAAUGACACAUGUACCACCACCGCCUCCUGCUGUGUCACAACGUCCACCUCCCCCACCAGUUCCCUCCUCAGUCCCUCAAGAAAUACCAGCUACGGUUCCCCCGGCAGAACGUCCACCAAUUCUUCCACCACUUUGCACCACCGAUUUAGGCUCUCCGCCCUCUGUGACGAUGUCAUCACCCCCUCCUAUACCUGGUGCUGUUCCUAAUGUUGCUUCUCCUACUCAAACCAGAGGAGCUCCACCACCAAUGCCUCCUCAAAUACCAGCUCCAACACCAGGGCACCUAACUCGUGCCGAUGCGAUUUCUCGUCAUUCAUCUGUCAGUAGUAGACCACCGAUUCCCCCAGUUCCUCCUACUUCUGCAGCUCCACCAAUUCCAAAAAGCGCUUCAAGCGUAUUUUCUGAAAGUAGCACAAGAAAACAUAGCACGUUGCAUUCACAUCCAGAACCGACACCAGGAUCAGAACCUCCAUGCCAGUCGAUAGAGACAGCACCGCCAGCACCGUUUAUUCAAAGACAGGCUACUCGGACGUCUUUGGAGAGCUCUGCCUCUACUCCAUGUAUUGCUCCCCACAUCGAAAGCAACAAUACCGAGUUAUGGUGGACCACUGAAUCUCUCCCCCCUCAAUUGAACGCUUUGGAAACAUAUUUUGAGGUUGAAGCUACAGAAAUCCCCAAAAGAGGUGGAAGGCUAACGAAGUACCUUGUUUACUACAUUUUGGAUGCACAAUUAGGUUGUACUACUUUGGAGUUAGCAUAUGAUGUUUCUGAGCCUGAGAGGAUCAUGUUUUUUCAUGAGAGUAAACAUAAAGUGAAAGCAGAUAGGAAAAAACUUAUUGAAGAAUACACUAAGUAUGGCCCUUUGGCAUAUAAUAUUGCAGUUGGAAGCUUGAAAAAAUCAUUUAGUGGGGAAUAUGUUGAUUAUAUUUUUUCACAGCUACCAGACUCGGUUUUACUACCUAUUGCUAAUAAGACUUACGGUGCUGUCGUAUACCGUAAUAAUAAUGGUGAUACCAAAUUUUAUGAUGACAUCCGACCAGGUGAUGUUUUGGUAGUGGUUAAUGCCACCUUUGAAGGUUCGACCACCAAACAUGUCGGUGUUUUGAAGCCUCAAGUCUCUAUAGUCACCAGUUUUGAUGCAGAGAAGAAUAAGAUUAAAGUCAUUGAACAAUCCGAAGGUAUGGUUCAACAGGCUAGGUACAAACUAAAAAAUCUAGCAUCAGGUAAGUUGAGAGUGUUCAGGAUAGUUGGCCGUGAUUACAUUGGCUGGUGA